GAGGAGGAGGAGGAGGAGGAGGGGGGCAGCGGCAAAGACAAAGACCACCACUGCCACCUCAGCAACUCAAAGAAACGGUGCUUGGACAUGAUCGAAGUGGGUUGUGGGCCGCACGGUGCUCGAAUGGAGUGUAAAAACGACCACGGGUGCGGCUGCCAUGGUGUUGUCUCCAACCCCUCUCAGCAAGGGUUCAUAGACGCGGAGGAGAACCAGAGGAAUUUGAAAAACUCUGAAAAGAGCCACCAUAGCAACAACCACCAUCACAACCACAACGAAACGCAACACCGCGGCGGCGCAGCUGAGUUCACGUCGAUAAGCAUCACGUUAAACGACGACCCCAUAGAUGUCAAGGAAGAAGAGGCCGCGGGCCACGACGGGAGAGAAAGCGAGGCCGAGAAAGGGGGCGUGGUCGGAGGGGGCGUCGACGCUAACGCGGAAGAACUUCACUCGCUGCUCAACCAUCUCAACAAAGGCGAGGGCGACGUGGUCCUCGAGAACGGGUACCUCCAGACGCGACACACGAACAGUGGUCACAACUCCAUGAGCAGCUCCAUGCUCAGUUUCGGCUUGGACUUCAACAGACACGGCGAUGACGACACUAUCUAUGACGAUGACGGCCUGGAGGAUCCCGACCAGGGGGUGCCCAUAGACAGAGGCUGGGCCUGGAUGGUUUGUUUGGGCUCCUUCAUCAUGUUGAUGAUCUACGUCGGCCACAACAACGUGUUGGCGGUCCUGCUGCUGGACAUCGUAUCGGAGAUGGACGUCAGCAUCGGCACCUACAACAUCAUGCUGUCCAUCAAUGGGAUCGCUUAUUGUAUUACAACCCAGAUAGCCGCUAACGUGCUGGCCCCGCGGGUGUCUGUCCGUGUCCAGAUGACCGUUGCAGCAGUGGUCAACGUAGCGGCCACCCUGAUGAUGGUGAUUCUACCCAACUUCCCCGUGUUUUUCACCAUGAAUGUUAUCAAAUUUUGCGCCCACGGCUUCGCGCUCAUUCCAUCCUUGACCCUGGUGGGCUACUACUUCAGUCGCCGGCGCGGGCUGGCCACCUCCAUGGCCCUGAUGGGCAUGAGUUUUGGCGGGAUCGUCAUCGCUCCUAUGACCCGUUUCCUGAAGGACGAGUUCGGAUUCCGUGGCUGCAUGCUGCUUCUUGCAGGUUAUGAGAUGCACACAAUUAUGGCUUCCCUCGUAAGCCGGCCAUUAUCGCGUUACCGCAGAAAAAACAAAAACGCUGCAAAAACAACAAAUCCUGACAAUGAGAAGGAGACAGCCACUGUAUACAGCCAUUCUAGUCACCCCAUUCCAGGAGAUGACGUUAUCACGCUGCACAAAUACGGCCCGAGUCCGUACGGCAGCCGCAAACUGCCGAGGAGCCGAAUGGACAUCACGGAGAUCUCCGUGUCAGAAAUUACUAUCGACGAGUGUCAAGAGCUACGCCGCGCGCACCCAGAACCACACCAGGUGUCCCUCCUGAGGCAGACACUGAGGCACGGACUGGGCAGCGGCCGUAGUCUUGACUACCUCAAAUCUAGGUCACAGCAUUCCAGCGUCCGCCAACUGGGAGACUAUGAGGACCGCUCCAGCAUCAGCACGGGCGGCCGGCUGCGCUCUGUGUCCAUGAGGCAGGAAGACCUGCACAGAAGCCGGCGAUCUCUCCGCGAUUGUAUCGAGACUCGCAGCGUAAUGGCGGCCUCUGUCUUCGGUAGCAGCAGCGUGGGCCUCAACAUCCUGCCAGCCACGCAAAUGGCUCUGGAAUCCAGCGACCCUGACGUGAUCAGAAGAAGAACUGUAGGCCAGACGGUGUGUGUCUGUGUGAAGUCCCUGGUGGAGAUCUCCCUGUUCACCAAACCGUUGUGUCUGAUGGCCAUGACGAUGUACAGCCUCACCUACGCGGGAUACCUGACCUUGACCUACCUCCCUGCCUACGCCACGAGAAUCGGGAUCACGCAGACCCAGUCCGCGCUCCUCCUCACCGUCUCUGGUCUCCUCGACGUGGGAGCUCGGAUUUUCUUCUCCUUCCUGGCCGACCUGCAGUGGGUCCGGCCGCACAUCAUCAUCGGAAUUACCGCCACCGUUAUAGGUCUCAUCACUCAGUUCAUCCCGCUCUUCCAGACUUUCAAGCUGCUCAUCUUCUUUGCUGUCAUGCACGGCAUUUUCAACUCGGUGGGGCCCAGCCUCUACUCGGUGUUCAUUGUGGACAUUCUGGGUAUCGAGUACCUGGCUAAGAUGUUGGCCGUGGGAAGCAUGGCCACGAGUAUUCUUGUCGCUGCACAGUACGCCUUUCUCGGUGCUGUGAUCGAGGCCACCCACAGUUUUAACCCUGUGUUCUACUACGCGGGCACCAGCUACCUUGUCGCAGCGCUCCUGGUCUUCUUGGAGCCCAUCCUCAGGCGUCUUCACGAGGCACAGGCGCGAAAACUGGAGGAAAAGGAGGCGGCUGCCCGGAGGGACGAGGAGGAGUAGAGGAGAGAGAAAUACAUACAUAGAUAGAUAGCUAGAUAUAUAGAUAAAUCGAUAGAUAAAUCGAUUGAUCGAUAGAUCAACUAUGGACGAAUAGAAAGAUAGGCUAUUGCCAAAUAGAUAAAUAGAUAGACUGCAGACAAAUUGAUAGAUCCAUCAAAGGCAGACAAUGUAUUUGGAUGGGUAUACCAAUUGAUUGUUAGAUCGAUUGAUCGAUAGAUCGAUCGAUAGAUAGACAGAUCAAUAGGUAGACAGAUCGAUAAAUAGAUAGAUAGAUAGGAUAGUUAGAUAGUGCCAAUAAGUAGAUCUAUUAAAUGUUAACUUUGUAAAGUAUUGUAAAAGAAGGAUAAUUGGAUGGGUAGAAUACGUGAUUGAUGCCUAAGGGGUGGGGAGACAGAUGAAUAUAUAAUAUAAUAAAUGUAUAUCAUGUAGAUGGAUGAAUACAUGGAAUGACAGAUUCGGAGAUAAAUAUAUUCCCAGAUAGAAAGAUGGAUAGACUGUACCUAGACAGAGAGUGUCAUUAAACUAAAAGCGAUAUGACCGAAAUAUGAAUGAAAGAGAGAAAGAGAGACAGACAGACAGAAAGAGAGA